ACGGUGCAAGCUGUUCUGUGGCUGCAAGUUUUAGCACGAGGUACGGUUAUGCUUGUGAUAGACACGUUGCUUGUUUAUUAUGUUGUUGACGGGAUUGUGUUCGUGUUUUUGUAACCGAAGUGAAGUGAGUUCUCAUUGCAUUUGUCGCGGCUGUUUUUAUAAACUAUAAACUGACUAGCACGAUGUGAUACACUUUGUUAUUUUGUGUAACUUUUAAACUUCGUUUUGUUUGCGUAGGAUCGUUGGUGAAUUUGCUAAAUUUUUGCAGCAUUGUUCCUGUUCUAUAAUGACUUCGUUUUCUGCAAAGCUGGAUAAUGAUUCCAAAGAAGGUGUUUCUGCUCCUACUCGUCAUUCCAAAUGCCACACUUUUACAAAGAAGUUGCGACAGUAGCACGCCCAAUGCUGAACUUGAAAUUUUGACAGAACUUCGUAACACCGUAAAUAAACUAAACGAACGCAUUCAUUAUUUGGAAAAUACUUUAGAAAAAAAAAUAAGUGAGGUCGAAUCAAAAAUAGAAAAUAACAGUAAAACAGAUGCUGGAAAUAUAAAACCGCUGCAAACAGAACACCAAAAAAUGGGUGAAGGGGUUUGCUUUUUCGAGAAUCCACUUAAGGAAAGCAAUAGUAAUUUCACCACAAAAAUCCACGGAUGUAAAAAUUUACCAAGGAACUGCAAAGAAGUUCAAGAUAGAGGUUACAAUGUAUCUGCAAUUUAUCGCAUUCAGCCCAGAGUAUCAAAUAAUUCUUUCUUGGUUUGGUGCAAUAUGUCGACACGAGGUGGUGGAUGGGUUUCAGUUUUAAACAGGGUCGACGGAUCCCAAAGCUUCAGUUUCAACUGGAGUGACUACAAAACCGGGUUUGGAUCUCUUUCGGGAGAACAUUGGUUGGGUUUGGAUUACUUGCACGAGUUAACGAAUAGCCAACGUAAUGAACUGCUAAUUGAACUGGUUCAUUGGGACUUGAAGAACGUAUUCGCUUUUUACGAUGAUUUUAACAUCGGAAACGAAACUGUGAAGUAUAUUUUAAAUAGUUUGGGUAACUAUGUUGGUAAUGCUGGAGACUCAUUUAAACAUCACGUUGGUAUUAAAUUCAGUACGCCCGAUCAAGAUGAGAAUGUCCACGAUGAAUCAUGUGCAGCUCAUUUUCAAACUGGUUGGUGGUUUACGAAUUGUUACAAAGCUCUUUUGACUGGAGAUUAUGUUAUUAAACCCAAACCUGGUGACAAUUAUCAAGUGUACAAGUCUGGAAUAAUGUGGUAUGAUGCACAUCGUUAUAACUACAAUCUCAAGAAAGCAAAUAUGCUUAUUCGACCAUUCGAUUGA